CUUCUCCACACUCUUCACUCCCUCCCAUCUUUACACUCUCCACUCAUGCAGAUUUGGAUCUUUCAGUAAGGAAUCAUCGUCUCAGAUUAAUCCUCUGUAUAUAUAAUAUAUAGAGACUAGAGAGAGAAAGCGAUGGUGAGGAUAAUACCAAUGGCGUCAUCGAUUCGCCCUUCGCUCUCUUCGCUCAGGUUCUCCGGGAGCUCCCGCUUUGGCGUCUCCCUCUUCUCUCACAAUCCUUGCCGGAGACUCACUUCUUUGCAUCUCGGCACUGCUGUUCCACAGUUGCAAUCUUUUGGCCUUAAAGCUACUUACUUGCUACGAGAAAGGGGAAGCAGAAUGGCAGUGACUGCAGCUGGAAACAUUGCAAAUGCAAACACUACUACUACCCAUGAAAAUGUCUUAGAGUGGGUAAAACAAGACAAGAGAAGAAUGCUUCACGUUGUUUACCGGGUUGGAGACUUAGACAGGACAAUAAAGUUCUAUACUGAAUGCCUAGGGAUGAAACUUUUGAGAAAACGUGACAUACCUGAGGAAAGAUAUACAAAUGCCUUUCUUGGAUAUGGACCAGAAGAUUCUCACUUUGUUAUUGAGCUUACAUACAGUAAGGAAUCCUCUAUCUUCGUGAUUUACUCCCUUUAUAAUAUUUUGGAGCAUCUACACCAGAUGCUUGAAUUUGAAUUAAUUUCAUUCCUUAAAUCCUUAUACGAGCCUUGUCUUUUAUCACCUUCUUGUGGUUGUUUAAUGGUGCUGCCAGAUUAUGGGGUUGACAAAUAUGAUAUUGGAUCUGGUUUCGGCCAUUUUGGGAUUGCUGUUGAGGAUGUUGCAAAGACUGUGGAUCUCGUAAAGGCUAAGGGUGGCAAAGUAACCAGGGAACCUGGUCCUGUCAAAGGUGGCAGUACGGUUAUUGCUUUUGUUGAGGACCCUGAUGGUUACAAAUUUGAACUUUUGGAGAGAGGUCCUACACCUGAGCCACUGUGUCAAGUAAUGCUUCGAGUUGGAGAUCUUGAUCGUGCCAUUAAAUUUUAUGAGAAGGCUUUUGGUAUGGAACUUCUGCGCACACGUGAUAAUCCUGAAUACAAGUAUACAAUAGCAAUGAUGGGCUAUGGUCCUGAAGAUAAGAGUGCAGUCAUGGAGUUGACUUACAAUUAUGGUGUUGCAGAAUAUGACAAGGGAAAUGCCUAUGCACAGAUGGCAAUAGGCACUGAUGAUGUUUACAAAACAGCAGAAGCAAUAAAACUCUGUGGUGGAAAGAUUACCAGGGAACCAGGACCACUGCCUGGUAUCAACACUAAAAUAGUAGCUUGUGUUGAUCCUGAUGGUUGGAAAACGGUUUUUGUUGAUAAUGUAGAUUUUGUGAAGGAAUUGGAGUAAGUAGAUGUCAUAAAUGAAGACCUUCAUGCCAUGAGCAUUGAAUUCUGAUUUUGUGGAUAGACCGAGCAUAGAAACCUGCAACUUUCUUCAACAUUGUAGAUGCAUUAGUUUUUGUAUUACUUGAAACUAUAUUGUUGCCAGUCAAAAGUAUUAUGUACUCAACAACUCAAGUUGGAAAGUAGAAUGGCAAUGGCUCUUGCUGACA